AUGGAGACAGAUCUGGUGAUCGAUGAGCUGAGCAGCGAGCCAUGGGGCACCCUUGUAGUGCCUGCCACCGCAGAAUUGCUCGGCGGACCCGAGACGACUACCUCCUACUUCAUCAAGUCCAAAUUCUCCUCUGCGUCCUACACUUUUCUCGUGACCGACUUGACGUCGGUGUGGGUGCAGUCUUGUGAUCGCGCCGACGUCAAACGACUCAAGCAGGAAUUCAAUCCCUUGGUCGAUACACCCGUGGCGCGCAUCCUCCUGCUCGUGAAGCAGUCGCUGGUGGACGUGGCCAUCGGGCGCAGGGAGCAUUCGGCUCAGGUCAAGCACCAGAUCGACCUCCAGGCCGAUGGACGGCUGUCGGUCCAGUUCUCGACCAAGAUCGAUUUCUACCGCUUCAAGUGGACCUUUGACUGCGCCCCGCUCACCGGCGAGGAGCAGCGGAUCGCAUUCCUGCGCACCUCCUUCCUGCAGCCGCUCCUCGUCAUCACCAGCGAGCUUCAGCAGCAGCUGCGCGAGCUGAAGAACAUCAUCGCCCUCAAGGAUGCGGAGAUCGCCGAGUACAGGUCCAAAGGCAUUAAGUUGCCCAAAGCUGUGCAGACGGCGCGCUUCGAUCCGGAGGGGUUUGAGGACCGGCGGCUGGCCUCGUCCAGCUUCAAGCGCACGCUACGGGAACCCACGUUCUCGUUGGACGACGUCACUGGCAAGAUUUACCAGAAGCUCACCGCCCACCACCAAGACCAAGAAGAAAAGAAGGUGUUGAGUCGCCAGGCCAGCUGUGCCUCUCUUCCGCUCUCCACGGAAUCUGCAUCCGCGCUCACGCCUUCCACGUUCGAGAGCUCAGGGUCGCUGAGCCCGGGCGAGAGCAAGCGCAAGCGUAUGCGGCCUGCCGCACAGCCUACGGUUGACGUGCCCUCGCUCUCGCUCUCCGAAGCCUCAGAUGAGGGUCCACAGAGCCAGCAGGACUGGUCCUCCCCCUCGCGGAGGAGCCCCGGUCCAGCGCGGGAGGCGGUGAACCCGCUGAGCUACCAGGAGUCGCCCGAGGAGACCAGCCGCAAGGUGGCCCUCCGCCAACGACUCGAAGCGCUGGCCAAGAAGAAGGAGGACAAGAAGCAGGUCAAGACCACCAAGCGCAAGUUCCAAUUCAUCUGA